AUGGAGUGCUUGGCAAAAAUCUUUGGAACAGCAGGGUUUUAUUACACUUCUCGUCAAGUACUCGGACGCUUGAAAGUUACACCAAAUUCGUUUGAGAACAUGUUUAAAGAGGAAAAUUAUGAAAGAAACGAUGAAGCUCUUGUUGAUUUCUAUUGGGGAGUUGGUCUAGCAAUGGUAAAACAAUUUGAACAGUCAAUUUUUUUUCCGGACAGAGAAAAUGUAGACAAAGAUGAGUCGGAAAAUGGUUAUGCAAACAUACUUAUACUGGCGCGCUUUAAAGAGUGGAUAUUUGAUCAAAGUUCCAGGGACAAAACAUUUGAAUUUUUUUCUUCAUUUGUUACCGAGUACGGUUUGCUCUUACAGAUAUAUCAAGAAUCUAUACGUCAUGGAAAUGGUAAGACUAGAGAGGCUUGUUGGAUGAAAUUAUUGUGCUUAUUUCCACCAUUGAACAAAAAGAACUAUAGAGAUGAGGCGUUUGUCCACAUUGUUCACUUCACGACCACAUGGCCUCUUGCUGUACGCGAGAUGUUCAGAUCAAACUGCUCAAUAUCCGUUAAAGGAAGAAAACAUCACAAUAUGGCAAUAGAUGAGUAUGUUGAAUCAAUGGUUGUCAAGCCAAUGAAAGAAUAUGCCAAGAAACAUACAACGUUAAGUAUGCUACAAAAAAUUAACAUGAAUCUAGAACUAUUCAAGCAUGUGAGACGUAUAUAUAUGAAGGGAUUUGAGUUGAAUAAAGCUACGGCAAGAAGCAAACCAGAUUCACUACCAGACAGAUUGAAGAUUUGUUGGUUUGCCAUGAAAGAAAAAUGGUUCGUCAAUCUUGAAAGAAGAAAUGUGAAUAAGUAUGCGCACAAUAGUAAGUCCGUUGAUGUAUCAUCAGCUUCCAUUGGCAUUGUUGAAAACAAGUUUCUAGAUGUACUAAGCAAAGGGGAAAAAUACAUACGAGAGAACUUCAAAGUACUGUUGCUACGGUUGUUUCCAAACAUGGACUAUGUUGAACAAUAA